AUGGAUUUUUAUAAUAAUUUAAAAGAAGAACCAUUUGAAAAGAUAUUUUUAAGACCAAGAUCACUUUUAAUUUUUACAGAAGAUGCAUAUAAAAAUUAUUUUCAUGGUAUAAAAGAAUCAUAUUCUGAUUUAAUUACUGAAGAUGUAAUGAAUAAAAACUUGGAUGGAAUUAAUUUACAUAAAGAAUUUGAUAGAGGUAUUAGAGUUUCAUUAACAAUUAGAAUAGUUCCAAAUACAAUUAAAAAAAAAUAA